AUGAGAAUUCGAUGUCAUUCAACAAUUGAUCCACGGCAUCCUCGUUGUCGUUUAUGUGAUACGGUUCAUUCUAUUUUUUGGCGUGUACCGGCACGUGAUUUGUUACUAUGUAAUAAUUGCUUUUUGAGGGAUUUAAAUGAUCAAACAGAUUCCAAUAAGACAAGCCGAAUUUGUAAAUUAAAGCGUUUAGAUACAAAUAUUCCGUCUUCUGACGAAGCUGGACGACUAGAAAAUCAUUGUAUAUUAACUGGCUAUUAUUUACCAAAUCGAACUUUAUCCACUACAUUGAAAAGUCAGAAGAAUAAAAUAAAUGUAAAUCAUACAAAUUCAGUAAAAUCAAAUAAUAACAGUAAUGGGGCAAAUUCAUCAACAUCAACAGCAAAUCAACGUUCAACAAUAUCAACAAGAAAUAAAAAUAGAAAAACAAUCGCAUUUAAAUCAAAAAAGGAGCGUCGAUUUCAAGUAGGUGAUAUUGUACAUUUAAUGGAUGAUAGUCAAAAAUCGUAUUAUGGACAAAUUCGUGCUCUUUUGCAAGAUGAACAUUUAAAUUCCUAUGCAUUUUUAACCUGGCUGUUACCACGACCGAAUUCAAUCCAUGAUCAAUAUGAGUUUAACCCAAAUUCUUAUAUCAUAGGUCCAAACGAAGAGUAUCCACGGGAUUUAAAUUCAUUAUCAUUUGUGUGUCAUUCGCCAACCGAUUAUUUCCAGGUAAAAACUUAUCCACAAUCAUAUUCAAGCCCAAUAACCGAAAAGCGUAUCCUAAAUUAUGUUUGGACUAAUUUUUCUACUGUUAAUAACAAAAGAGCAGCCACGCAAGAAGAUGAGGACGAUAAAACAAACACUGAAAACAUAGAGAUAGAUGAGAAUAAUAGUCGUAGUAAAAAAGCAUCGAAAAAACGAUCACAUUCAGCGAUCAAUGAACAACAACAACAACAGCAAUCAGUAGUAAAGAAAAAACGACAUAAUUAA